UGGUUUGGGCCUUUAGCGAAAGCCGUACUAGCACAGUCCAUUUACCUUGUUCAUUUUAUCUCAAAAAGGCCUGCUCUGUUCCCCGUCGGCGGUCGGACACCAGAAAGAGUGAAAAAUGCUAGGAAGAAGUUUUGUUCCGGCGAUGCUCUGCAAAUCACGGCAGCUUCAACAUCUCUUCUUCUACCCAUUCAUUUUCCAACCCGUUUUAGCCCAUUCCUCUCCCCAUCAAACCAGGUUUUUAAGAGAGCAGUCACAAUUGGGCCAAAUUUUAGAGUACAAAAAUGUGAUCUUAGAUUGGUAAAUUCGGGUCGGUAUUUCUGCACGAGUGGCAAAUCCGGGGAAACGUCGAAUGGCGGUAGAAAUGAUGCUGUUGCAGUUGCAGAGAGUUCUGGUGAGUUUAAAGAAGAUAAAAUCAAGAGGAAGAAACUAAAGGGUAAAAGAGAGGUUGUGAAGUGGUUGAAGUUCUUCAGGUGGAAGAAGAAGAAAGAGCUCCAAAGGAUGACUGCAGAAGAGAAAAUCCUCUUCAAAUUGAGCAAGGCAAGGAAAAAAGAGGAAAGGCUUCUUGAAGCUCUGAAGAAAGUUGAGCCCAAGGAGAUAUCAGAAGCUACUCACGACCCAGAAAUAUUGACACCAGAAGAACACUUCUACUUUUUGAAAAUGGGGGAGAAGUGCAAGAAUUAUGUACCAGUUGGGAGACGUGGGAUAUACCAGGGUGUGAUCCUUAAUAUGCAUCUACAUUGGAAGAAGCACCAAACUCUGAAAGUGGUGGUGAAAACAUUCUCUCCAGAGGAGGUUAAGGAAAUUGCUGCAGAGCUUGCAAGAUUAAGUGGUGGGAUCGUUCUUGAUAUCCAGGAUGAUAACACCAUUAUAAUGUACAGGGGAAAAAACUACUCCCAACCACCAACCGAGAUAAUGUCUCCAAGAAGUACUCUUUCUAGGAAAAAGGCCUUAGAUAAAUCUAAAUACAGAGAUUCCUUAAAAGCUGUUAAGAGAUACAUUCCACGGCUUGAGCAAGAUCUCGAGCUGCUUCGAUUGCAAGCUGAAAACAAAACUGGUGCUCCUGACAAUAAUCAAGAGACUGGCUUUGAGAAUUUUAGCCAUGCACACUGUCCCGACCAGCAAAUUGGGGCAUCUGAUAAGCUCAAACGGCUAAUGAUUGAAAAUGAAGAACAGGGUGAAGAAGAUGAUUCCAUGGUAGAUACAGAUAUAGGAUCGGCUUCUGAAGAUCUUUCAGAUAUUUUUGAGACAGACUCUGAGGAAGAGGAUAAGGAGAAGAUUGAAGAACCUCUUUACUUGGAUGUGUUCGAAAAGUUUCCAGUGCAGGGCAAUGGAGAUGCACAUGAUUUUGAGGAGGAUUUGCUUCAGAUAUCUUCUAACUCGAGGAGAGAGAAAUCACCAGGUAAAGAUGUCGAUACACCAGCACUUGAUGAGGUUGAUAGGAUAAUUCUGCAAGCUGCAUCGCUUUUGAAGAAAAGGAGGAGAUGAGUAGUGGUUCAUUAGCUAAACUUGGAGGCUCUGUCCAGGGAUUCCGUCUCCCCAGUGGGGUUCGUUGAGUGAGAGGGAUUGUGAGCCGGUUAUAGUCUACAGUUUUGCAGCAGGUGAGAAGCAGCAAUUACAUCCAGGUUCAUCAUCUAGUUCAGCUCUUGUCCCUGUCAACAGAACUCUUAGGACUGAAGUGGAGAAAAUGAGCAGUCGCAGCUGUUAACUGGGCUUCAACAAGAGCCUAGACAAGUGUGAUAGAAAAUCACAUAUGAAAAAGUUGUUCUGGGAAACAAAGACGAUUACAACAUUAGCAAUCUAGACUUCUCACAAUGACCAGCAGUGAUGGCGACGGCGAACUAAAUAUCACAGCUAUUAUAUAAUACUGGGAUCACUCACUGAUUAGCUGCAAUUCAUUGUGGGAUUCCUGCACAAUGGGAUUACUGUUUUCCAAUUGUUGAUUCUUCUCUAAUCCAGAGUGGAAUUUAACAUGUUUGAGCAGAAAAGAAAUGCUUACUAGUACUCUUUCUGUGAAUUCUUCAGCGAGGUAGCAGUAGCCUGGUUUUAAGCUCUUGCUGACACCAGAAAAUAGUUUUAUACAGUUCAUUCAUCCCUUACAAUAAUCAUCAUUUCAAAGUCUUAGUGGCCAUUUGCAAAAGCUUUACCUUUUCAGUCUAGACAAGAGAAAAAAAACUUGCUCAAAUCUGAUAUUUACAUUGUGACUACAAUGGACUAAUAUGAUUUGGUUCCGAGCA